UGAGGACUCACAAGAAAAUACAGAGAGAGAGAGAGAGAGAGAGAGAGAUGAGUCUGCUGAUAUCUAUAUCACCACCAGCUGCACAGUCUUUCUUUCUCGCCGACAGCAGCGGCAGCAAGAAGAAGCAGUUUCUUUCUAUACAAAACCCUCUUAGGUCUCCUACAGUCACACCACUCUCGAGCUCUUUCACCACCUUCAAUCCUCUUAGAUUAUCGAUAAAGAGCAAUGAAAUGAUGAUGAAGAUAAAGAGGAAGGAAUCGGGAAGAGGGUUUGGUGCUGUUUGUCAUGCUGGAUCCCUCACUACUCCUAGUCUCCCCUGGAUUUCCGCUCUCUCUUCUGCGGUGUUGGUGCUGGCAAAAGGCACUGCUGUCCAAAAGUCCUUUCUUGUUCCUUUAUUUGCUCUCCAAGCACCGCCAGCCGUCAUUUCAUGGAUCAAGGGUGAAUAUGGCAUUUGGACUGCAUUUCUUGCCCUUCUCUUCCGUCUCUUUUUCUUUAUUCCCGGUGAACUUGAGCUGCCGUUUAUGGCGUUGCUCUUGGUAAUUGUGGCUCCUUAUCAAGUUAUGAACAUAAGGGGAAAGCAAGAAGGUGCUAUUGUUGGCUUGGUGAUUGCAGCCUAUUUGGCUUUCCAGCAUUUUUCACGGAUAGGGAAUAUGCAGAGAGCAUUUGAGCAAGGUUCAGUUGUUGCCACCAUAGCUGUUGUGUGUGUUGUUGUCACAUCUUGCUUGCUCUUGAUCUGAGUUUUAGGUAAAUUACCAAACCCAUGUGGAAGGUGACAGUAAUAAACAAACAAUCACCUGGUGUCAUCUUAUGCUACCAUGUUAGCUAUAGGUAUGGGUUCUUUGGCAGAUAAUAAAAUGUGUAAGAUUUUGAAUCGAUGAUAAAUUAUUUAAUAAUACUUAGCGUUACCGUCUCUAAA